AGCAAAGUCGGCUGCAUCACACUCAAGUCCAUUAGGUGGCGGUAAGGUGUCUCUAAGCUGGUUUGCCGACAGACAAUUAACCAGAGAAGAAGAUGUGAAAAAGUAGAAGAAGAAGAAGAAGUAGACGGACAAGGCAUUUUUAUCUGCAAAGCGUGUUUCUCUCCGGAAGAAGUGAUUCAGUAUCUGGCGUAGCAUUAAACCGGUAUUGAAUCAUUGGUGUCGUCUGAUAUAGAAGCCUAGUAUUCGCCAUACUUCACAAAACAGUACUUUUUUUUUUUAUUAAAUCAGACUUAGUUCGCUAAACAGCACGAUAAGUGACUCUACAUAAUGGAUGAAGAACCAGAGAGGACCAAGCGCUGGGAAGGGGGCUAUGAGAGGACAUGGGAGGUGCUGAAGGAGGAUGAAUCUGGCUCACUUAAAGCCUCAGUAGAAGAGAUCCUGUUCCAGUCUAAAAGAAAAAGGAUAAUAGAGAGCCAUGGACAAGUGAGGCUUGGAAUGAUGCGGCACCUCCAUGUGGUAAUUGAUUGUUCAAGAAGUAUGGAAGACCAGGACUUGAAACCAAACCGCCUCACCUCUUCUCUAAAGCUGAUGGAAUCUUUUGUUGAUGAGUAUUUUGACCAAAACCCCAUCAGUCAGCUGGGUAUUAUCACCACAAAGAAUAAAAGAGCUGAGAAGCUGACUGACCUGGCAGGAAAUCCAAAGAAACACAUUGUUGCUCUGAAGAAAGCAGUGGACACUGUGUGUGUAGGCGAGCCGUCCCUAUACAACUCUCUCAACCUGGCCAUACAGAGCCUCAAGCACAUGCCUGGACAUACUAGUCGGGAGAUCCUGGUAAUCCUCAGCAGCCUCACUACUUGUGAUCCAGCCAACAUCUGUGAGCUGAUUAAGACCCUGAAGUCCCUGAAGGUGAGGGUUUCUGUAAUCGGCCUGUCAGCAGAGGUCAGGGUGUGUACCGUAUUGACCAGGGAGACGGGCGGCUCAUACCACGUUAUCCUGGAUGAGAGUCACUUCAAAGAGCUGCUGAUGCUGCAUGUCAAACCCCCUCCAGCCAGCUUCUCAUCUGAAUGCUCUUUAAUACGCAUGGGUUUUCCACAGCACACCAUUGCCUCUCUGACUGACCAGGAUGCCAAGCCUUCAUUCAGCAUGUCUCAUCUGGACAGCAGCAGCAGUGCCGGUCUGUCUCUGGGAGGAUACCUCUGUCCACAAUGCCACGCAAAGUACACAGAGCUUCCUGUGGAGUGUAAAGUCUGUGGUUUGACUCUGGUGUCGGCGCCCCAUCUUGCAAGAUCCUUCCACCACCUUUUCCCCCUCGUAGCCUUUACAGAGAGUCCUGCGGAGGAACUCCAUGAAGACAGGUUCUGUAAAGCUUGUCAAGGGGAGCUGAAAGAUAAAAGUAUAUUCACCUGUCCAUCAUGUCGCAGUGUGUUCUGCAUGGAGUGUGAUAUCUUCAUCCAUGACUCACUUCACUGCUGCCCCUGCUGUAUUCACAAUCAGAGCAACACCUGAAGCAGAGACGCUAACCGUCAGACAGAGAUUGAAAUAAAAUCAGUGGUCAUUUGCUCUUAAUGGCUCAUUGUAUCUGUCCUAUCGGUGUUGUCCACUUCUGAUAGAAUGGAUAUGAUGCACACAGGGAUUGGACCAUUGCCAUAUUUUAAAGUUGUUGAAGAUUUGUAUAUAAUAUUAUAAUUUUAGUUUAUCCAUAUUGUUAGAAGGUUCAGCAGCUUCUUGCUAAAUUCAGGCCAGAGCCUCUGUCUGCUCUGAGAAGUGCAUCUGAGCCGCUGAACUUCCAGCUGUAAAAUAGAACACCAAAUCAGUGAAAAAUGGUUUGUGUGCAGUGUUUAUACUCACUUUUGUACUACAGUUCUGUUUGUGACAUGCCUUUAACAAUUAAACACAUUUUUUCUACUUGUUAAAA